AUGUCUCUUCGUGGACGCGGUGCCACUACCGAAAACAAUGGUGACAACAGCAAUGGAAAAUCGGGUGGACGAAGUGCGCUGGAGGAAGACGGCCUCCUUGCCGAGAUCGAGAAGGACAAUGGAGUCAGAGAGAAGGAGAAGAAAGGUCGGAAUAGGAAGAAUGAAAACCGACAGAAAGUCAAGGUUCAGAUUGAAGUCGAAGAAAGUGAGGCCCUCCACGACCUGGCUCUCAUCCGGGGUGAGAAGCGGUCGAGAGAGCCGGAGCCCGUUGUGAUAGAACGGCGCGUGAAGAAACGAAAAUGAGUUGGUGUUGCGUUGGUCACGUCGCGCACCAAAUCACCCGCCACCCCACCGGUGAUUCCGUUCUUAUCUUAUCUUCUCCUAAACAAGUUAAACUUAUGGCGACAAGACCCGGGUGGAACACUCCCUCUAAACUUUUCAAGCUCAUUCGGCCGUUGGCCAGUGUUUAUUUGCGCAAUUGAUAAAUAUGUACAUUUUCGCGGCGUCUGCCCCGCAAGUCGAGA